AUGGAGGAGCCGAGCAUUGUGAUGGUGGAGGUCUAUGACCCUCGAACCCACCCACCUACCUUCUUCCACAAAAAGCGAACCCCAACCGUUCCGGGAAUGGAUGGAAUGCCCGAAAAAAGGCUGUCAAAAGUAGAAAACAGGACGGUUGGUCGAUCCGAAAUUCGAAAAGUAAAUUCCGAUUUAAGUAAGGCAUCUACACAGUCUUCUGAGAUUGAAACAGUAGAGUUGCCGAGUGAAAUAAAGACGCUCGACACGCACUCCCUUCUAACAAGGUCUAGUGAGUCUCAACCAAAGGAAGACGGGAGAGGCAACAAAAAAGUACAAAAAGUUGAGAAAUCCCCUUCAACGCGACAUUCAAACAACGUAAAAGUUGUGUGUAUGGAGGAUUUGCUUCCUUCCAAGCGAGCAGGGCGUAUAGCCGGUGGAUUGGGGGUAACACGAAAUCCCGCAUUCUCCCAUCAAACGACCCAAAAUGGCAACAAGUCGGAUAAGACGCGCGUCGUUCGAAAUGUCGGUGAAUCCAUAUUAAAGAAAAAUAAUCAUACCACUGUAGAUUCUAUGCGCGCCGUCUAUUUAGGGGGAUCGCAUACGCGAACACCGAGUCCGACAUUGUCAACCAGCCCACCCCCUCGCACCCCGCCUUUACAUCAGAAUCUAGGCCGAAACGGCAAAAUUAAACCCUAUAUUGAAUACGCUGGUUUAAAUACUAAAGAAGGCAGGAAAGAAUGCACGGGCAAAAAAGCAAAGCGAAUUCAAUCUUUGAUUGAAUCUAAUGAUCCUUUUAGUUAUCUUUUGGUCUACCAUGGAUUGUGGGGGGAAAGGAAUUAUUACUAA